AUGGAUUCCAAAACCCAGCAUGAUUCAUGCAUUGGAGUAGGUAGCGAUGAUCCCCGACAUGUGGUCACCUUAACAUCUGGACUUCAGGUCAUGUGUGACACAGUGACAGACGGUGGAGGAUGGACCAUUUUCCAAAGACGUGUUUCUGGGACUGUAGAUUUUUACAGGAACUGGACUGAAUACAGAAUCGGAUUUGGCGAUUUCAUUUCAGGUAAUUUUUACCUGGGCAAUGAGAACAUUUAUCUCUUAACUUCAAGCAAACAAACAGAGCUUAGAGUGGACAUGAUACUAAACGGCACGUACAAUUUUGCCCAAUAUUCUAACUUUAGUCUCAACGCGGAAUCAGAUGCGUAUAGACUAAAUGUGGACGGAUUUAUGGGGAAUGCGACGGACGUUCUAACAGUACAAAACGGGAUGCAAUUCUCGACAAAUGACAGAGAUAAUGAUAGAAGCAGCUCAAACUGUGCGUAUCUCUUACACGGCGGUUGGUGGUACGACCGCUGUGGGACAUCUAACCUAAACGGCGAUUGGAACACAACAUUGUUAAGAUGGUCCAAAAAUUUGCCUAUAAUAUACAGCGAGAUUAAAAUAAGGCAGACCUAUACAUAG